UUAAAGCGGACGUGACGUCAAAGGUUUUGAACCUCAGCGACCGCGCGCAGGGCUAAUGAAUUAGCAAAACAUUUUACGUUUUAUUGCCAGCUUGCCAACGCAAGUUAUCAGUUUUUACGAGCUGGGUUUUUGUUUUGUUUUGUUCUUUGUAUUCUUUUAGCUGUGCGGUUUGAUCCAAAGGAUGGAUCUUCAAAAAAUAAUCCACGACGCGCUGUACGACUUUAUUUUGUCAUAUAUUCCUCAUGCGGAUCUCAGUACUCUAGAUGAUGUGAUUUUGUCCUACAUCACUGGAGUGCUAGAAGAUUUGGGAUCUCAAGAAAGUGUGGAGGAAAACUUUGAUGUAGAGGUGUUUGUUGAAAUGUUGGAGGCAUACAUUCCUGGUUUUUCAGAUAUUGACAGUGUCAAAGUUUGCGAGAUGAUGUUUAAUCUGGCAUCAAAGUUGGCCUCAGCCCGAGACACAGAAUCUGGAGAUUUGAAAAUAGAGGAAGGUAAAUUUCCCCUCUCAGAAAGCUCUUCUUUAGCCCAUGGAGGUUCAAGAGAACCGACACACAACCUCACAUUACAAGCAGAGGGAGCCACAGCUCAGGUUAGUGAAUUAUCGUGGGACACACAGGAGCAACAUCUUCUUGAGAUGUUUCCUAAAUGCAGUGUGACUGAGGCCAGAAGUGCGUUGUCUAUUGCUAAAGGAGACAUGGAGGAAGCUGUUCGUCUCAUUAUUGAGGGAGAUGUCCAGCUUAAGUGCUCAACGUCUCUCAAUGCAAACCAAGGGAAGACUGUUUCUGCUGAAGUUGAUCAGAAACUUAAAGCAAGCAUUUUAGAAAAGUACAUGCUGGUUGAUAGUGAAGAAGACAAGAAAGUGCACAGACCAGUCACUCCAAAAGAUGCUCCUAAGAAACUGGUGCGCUAUCACGGCAGUCAGGUGGUCACCACAAAGGGAGAGCGCUACCAUCUAGUCAAGAAAGAAGAACCGGAUGACAUGAAGAAGACUUACGUUAGUCUCAAACCAGCACGCAAAUAUCGCUUUCAUUGAUGAAAGGCAUCUUGUUGAUGGACCAUUCAAACUCAACCCUCUUUGUUUUUGAUAUUUGUGUCUGGUUAUAUGACUGGAAACAACUGAUUUAGUUUUUAUUUAAAUGUAUCUCAGUCCAAAUGUGUGUCCAUUUACAUACAUGGUGCUGGAGGUUUUGUUUCUUGGGAGUUUUGAUGUUUGAAUUAAUUUGCUGUUCUGUGUAAUCUCCGAGCAGGUCUCUUUUUUCGAGCCCUUAUACGUUACUGUAUUUAUUUUUUAACUACUUUUUUACUAAAACCUUAAGCUAUACCUAAUAACAUGAAGGUGUUUACAUUUGACUGUUUUCUUUAAGCCAAACCCUAUUUUACAGAUCAUUUUACUGAAAGUCAUUGAAAUGUUCUGCUAAGUGGUUGUUUUGUUAUAAAAUCAACCAAUUUAGCUCGUUUUUGGUGGCGGGAAACAGUUGAACAUCAGUCUUUGUAUUUUGCACUUUCUGUUUAUUUUCAUAUACAGAAAUAAAAAGACUCCAUAUAUGUUCCUACAGAGACUAAAGGAUAGCAGGGUCUGAGUGACAAUUGAUUUUAGUUGCAGUUCACAAACAAGGUCUGCCUGUUAAUCUGGGAUUCAGCACCUCAUAUACACUGGACAAGCUUUGGAUAAACCAAACCUUCAUCUGCAUAUUAGCUAGAGUUAGUUUGUCUAUAUUGUGUAGUUGCUUUGCAUAGUUUUAGUGAUGGAUGUGCUUUGUGUUCACUAUUAACAAUUGUAUUGUCAUAUCCACAUUACACCUGUAUUUGAGAUGUGUUUGUGCUUGAUGUACUCCGUUUACAUGUAAACCGUAUUGUCUUUGGCAUAGAAUCACAGUAUCAGCUGUCAACAUUACCAGUCACCUCCACCCAGCUCCACCAUGGCCCUGAAACUGAAGUGCAGUGAUUAGAUUAAAAUAUAUUUACAUUAUUUUUCAAGGACUGAUGGUGUUUUUGAGAGUAACCAGUAAAGAAUUAAUGUUUUAUGAA